AUGAAGUUCUCCCUUAUCAUCGUUGCUCUCAGCAGCUUCAUGGCAUCUGCCAUUGCUGCACCGGCCAAAAGUGUUCCGGCCAAGGAUAAUAGCGGAGGCAGAGUCGUACUUGAUGGUGCUCAGUGCAGUCCCGUUCAGGGACGUCUAGUGUGUGAUGAUGGUCUCGGCAACACAUUCUUCGCGGACGACCCUUUCUCGUCAUAG